GGAUCAAUUUUGUUUUGCUCUUUGUAUAUUUUUGCCAACUUAUCCAAUCAAACUAUGCAAACUUUUCUUAAAUUCAAAUAUUAUCAAUUAAAACUACCAUGUCUUUCCUCAAAAAUAAGAACAACUCAAACGACCUGCCUUAGAAACUAUUCCUCUUUGGACAAAAUAGCACAAGGCUAUCAGCCAAAGGAUGUUGAAAAGGACAAAUAUACCAAAUGGUCAUGUGAAUCAUCAUCAAAAGCAACAACUUUGAACGGCCCUAAGUUCUCUAUGAUACUACCACCUCCAAAUGUUACAGGUAACCUUCAUCUAGGCCAUGCUCUGAUGGCAACUUUGCAAGAUGUAAUUUGCCGGCAUAUGAUACAAAAAGGCUACGAAGUCCAAUGGAUUCCGGGGACAGAUCAUGCCGGGAUUGCUACUCAAGUUGUAGUUGAGAAGAAGAUCCUUAAGGAAAGGGGACUUUCCCGACAUGACUUAGGACGCACGGAAUUCCUAAAAGAAGUUUGGAAAUGGAAACACGAAAAAGGUGGCUCCAUAGUCGAUGAUCUCAAGCGUCUCGGAUGCUCUUUAGAUUGGAAAAAUGAAUAUUUCACCAUGGAUGAGAACCAAGUCAAAGCUGUGAAUCGUGCAUUUGUGCGCCUCUUCGAGGAAGGUCUGAUCAGACGCAAAAAAGCUUUAGUCAAUUGGUCUUGCAGUCUGGAAUCUGCCAUCUCUGACAUUGAAGUCGAUUCUAUAGAGAUAAAUGGGCCAACUGAGAUUACAGUUCCAGGAUACGACACCAACAUCACCUUCGGUCAGUUGUACAACUUCGCUUACCGACUUCACGGUGAUGAAAGCCAAGAAAUAGUUGUUUCCACCACUCGUCCUGAGACCCUGCUCGGUGAUAUAGCAGUAGCUGUUCACCCUGAAGACGAACGGUACACUCGAUUUCAAAAUAAAGCGACGUUCCUUUGGCAUCCCUUUCGAAGCCAACCGAUUCCUCUGAUAUUCGAUGCUUCCGUUGAUCGGGAAUUUGGAACGGGGGCAGUCAAGAUAACACCAGCCCACGAUAAAAACGAUUUCGAAAUGGCAAAACGCCAUAGCUUGGAAUCUGUUCAAGUCUUUUCAGAAAAAGGAAGGAUUCUCCAGAAUUUCGGGAAUUUUUCGGACCUACCCCGGUUCGAGGCUCGAGGAAAAAUACUUGACGCCCUUGCUAGUCAGAAGCUGCUUCGAGAAAUUCGACCGCACAUCAUGAACCUUCCACUUUGCUCGAGGUCUAAGGAUGUGAUAGAAUAUAUGCUGCGUCCUCAGUGGUUUGUCCAUUGCCAAGACAUGGCCAAUGAGGCAGUUCAAGCAGUUCGUGAUGGACGAAUUCAGUUGCAUCCGAAAUCUUUCGAGAGCGAGUGGUCGCGAUGGCUUAACGACUGCCAUGAUUGGUGUGUAUCUCGUCAGUUGUGGUGGGGUCAUCAGGUUCCAGCCUAUUUGGCCAAGAAUGAAGAUCAAGAGGUAUGGAUUGCAGCUGAGACCGAAGAGGAAGCUUUUGCAAAGGCACAAGCUGAGUUAAGAGUGAAAAAUCCUAGACUUGAAAGAGACCCCGAUGUCCUGGAUACAUGGUUCUCUUCCUCACUUCUGCCUUUUUCUGUCUUCAACUGGCCGUCUGAAGAAUUUCGAAAUUCAUAUCCCCUAGAUGUCAUGGAAACGGGACAUGAUAUCUUGUUUUUUUGGGUCGCACGCAUGACUAUGUUGGGAAUGAAACUCACUGGAGAUGUUCCCUUCCGGAAUGUUUUACUUAAUGGAAUCGUUUGUGAUGCACAUGGCAGGAAGAUGUCGAAGAGUUUAGGAAAUGUCGUCACCCCUCAGCAGGUUAUCUAUGGAGCCUCAUUGAAGGACUUGCAGGAGGAUAUCCAUCAAUCUCAUAAAUCUGGCAUCCUUGGACCAGAGGAACUGAAAAAAUCCAUCAAAGGACUCCAGAAGAUGUUCCCCUCGGGAAUUCCAGAAUGUGGAACUGAUGCUCUGCGAUUCACUGUGUGCAGUCACAAUAUCAAGAGUCAUUUUAUCAAUUUCGAUGUCGCAGAAUGUUACACCAAUAAACUGUUCCUCAACAAGAUUUGGCAAGCAACGAGGUACACUUUGGGAGCACAUGAUAAAAUCAAUUUGGCUGUUGGUGGGAUAGCCCAAGAGGAGCAAGAACUUCAACUGAUGGAUAGAUGGAUUCUCAGUCGUUUGGCAGAUACUCUGGAGGUUUGUGAGACCAGUUUGGAGAAUUAUAACUUUCAUACCGCUGUGGCUGCCUUGAAAAACUUUUUCUACUCAAAUUUGUGUGAUGUUUAUUUGGAAACAACAAAGCCUGGCAUCUUUGAAGGUGCGUCAAAAGCUCGAACACACUGUGCUACCUUGGCAACUUGUCUAAGUCUUGGUCUUCAAGCGAUGUCUCCAUUCACUCCAUUCAUAACUGAAGAGCUUCAGCAGUAUUUGCCUAAAUCUUCGGGCCUCGAUGUUUCAUUGUAUAAAAACUCCCAACUUGAGACUGAGGUAAAUGAAAUUCUUGAUAUUUGUCAAGCCAUUCGCCAGCUCAAGAGCAGAAACAAGGUUUCUAAAAAGCACGAACCAAAAGUACAUCUCUUUGCCCAAAAUAAAGAAGCAUUUAACACACUUAGCAAAUACCUGAUCGAAGUAAAGGCCUUGACAUUGUCGAAUGAAGUGUUUUUGGAAGAGAUCUCAAAGCCAAUUUCUAAAAACGAAUAUAAACUAUUUUCCACUGCAGGUCAUUUGUGUUCGUUUGGAAUUUCAACCAAUUCCAAUUUCCAACUACCAAGCUCUCAGAUAUCUGGCAAGGAUUUAAAUAAUUUAAAAUUGGAUAAGCUACAAAAAGAACUACAAAGAUAUUUGGAUAGAACUUCAAAUGAAGGGUUCCGAAAGUCAGCUAGUGAAGCAGUUCAGAAGAAGAAUUUCGAAAAGAUUCAGCAACUUGAAGUUGAAAUAAAAAAUAUCAAAUCUUUACAAAGUUAGAUUUAAGACUUAAAUAAGAAAAAAACCGUCUUUUGUUUUUCAUUUAAAUAUAUAACAGUUUAUAAAUACAAAGAAAACCUUAC